ACCUGAGUCCUCCUCAUGCUGUCAAACCCAUUGGAUUUCAAGCGACAGCAACCCUCGGAGGACCAACAGUCGGAUUUCUCUGUUCCAGGGCAUGGCUUUCACCUUGCUGGAACGGCAGAUGUUGGGUCUCCAAGGUCUCCUCCCCCCCAAAAUCGAAACCCAGGACAUCCAAGCUCUACGUUUCCAUAAGAACAUGGCCAAGAUGAGUGACCCCCUUCAAAAGUACAUUUACAUCAUGGGCAUCCAGGAAAGGAACGAGAAGCUUUUUUAUAGGGUUCUCCAGGAUGAUAUCGAGAGGUUGAUGCCUGUUGUUUAUACGCCUACAGUCGGACUUGCCUGUACUCAAUACGGCCAUAUAUUCCGCAGGCCGAAGUGAGGGUUUCUUGGGGGGG